CAAGAAGUUGUUUUGGAAUACAUUUCUAAAUUUCGAAAUUUGUUAAACAAAAAACCUUUCAAAAAAUGGCCAAUAAAAACAACCUUUUGCUGCUCUUCGAGCAUCCCAAUGAGCCCGUCUUCUUGUCCAAGGGUAAGAAACCCACCGUGUUCGAUGUGCCCGAUUCGUUCUUGACCGAUCGGUAUAGGCCCAUCAGUAAUGAGGUCCAAACGCGAGCUGGUGAGAAUGUCGAGCAACGGAUUCCAGUGCGUGAGAUCUCUGUGCCGGAUUUGCGUAUUCCCAUGUCUCUGGGACGCAACGAGAACUUCUCUUUGUUCAUUCCAAGACAUCGUCGCAUUGCUGGUCGUCUGAUUGAUAUCUUCAUGAACAUGCGCUCCGUCGAGGAUUUGCAGAGUGUGGCCGUCUAUGCUCGUGAUCGUGUUAAUCCUGUGCUCUUCAACUAUGCCCUCUCAGUGGCUCUGCUGCAUCGUCCGGAUACCCAGAAUCUCGACUUGCCUGCAUUCUCGCAAAUGUUCCCCGAACGUUUUGUCGACUCGCAAGUGUUCCGGCAACUGAGGGAGGAAUCAUUCGUCGUCUCUUCUGGUUCACGUAUGCCCAUUGUGAUUCCGCGGGAUUACACGGCCUCCGAUUUGGAUCCAGAACAUCGUCUAUGGUAUUUCCGUGAAGAUAUGGGCAUCAAUCUGCAUCAUUGGCAUUGGCAUUUAGUCUAUCCAUUCGAGGCUGCUGAUCGCAGCAUUGUGGCCAAGGAUCGUCGUGGUGAACUUUUCUAUUAUAUGCACGAACAGAUUAUUGCCCGCUACAACAUGGAACGAUUCAGCAACAACCUGGCUCGAGUGCAACCCUUUAAUAAUCUGCGUGAUCCCAUCACCGAGGGCUACUUCCCCAAAAUGGACUCCCUGGUGGCUAGUCGUGCUUGGCCUCCACGUUUCGACAACACUCGAUUGGGCGAUCUCAAUCGUGAGGCGGAUCAAAUUAACUUGGAAAUCGGUGACUUGGAACGCUGGCGCGAUCGCAUCCUAGAGGCUAUUCAUCAGAAGUUUGUGGUCAAUGAAACUGGCCAGCGUAUUGAGCUGGAUGAGGCCACUGGCAUUGAUACUUUGGGCAACAUGAUUGAGGCUUCCAUUUUAUCACCAAACUCCUCAUUCUAUGGAGAUCUGCACAACAAUGGACACAUUUUCAUCUCGUAUGCCCAUGAUAUCAACAGCAAACAUUUGGAAUCCUUUGGUGUGAUGGGUGAUUCAUCGACUGCCAUGCGUGAUCCUGUCUUCUAUCGCUGGCAUGCGUAUAUCGAUCGCAUUUUCCAGGAACACAAGUCUCGUUUGAGUGCCUACACUGAGCCCCAAUUGAAUUACUCGGGCAUUUCCAUUACUGGCAUCCAAGUGGCCACCAAUGGUGGACAACCCAAUGUCUUGAGCACCUUCUGGCAGCAAUCAGAUUUGAAUUUGUCGCGUGGCUUAGAUUUUGUGCCCCGUGGCAAUGUCUUUGCUCGCUUCACUCACUUGCAGCACUUGCCCUUCACCUACACGAUCAAUGUGCAGAACGAUAGCGGAGCUAUGCGUUUCGGUUAUGUUCGCAUUUUCAUUGCCCCCAAGAAUGAUGAGCGUGGUCAACCCAUGCAGUUGAGGGAGCAACGUUUAAUGAUGGUGGAAUUGGAUAAGUUUGCCGCUCAAUUGAACCCGGGACCAAAUACCUUGCGUCGUCGUUCAACCGAAUCGAGUGUUACCAUUCCAUUUGAGAGAACUUUCCGUAAUUUGGAUGCCAAUCGGCCAGCGGAUAAUACCCCCGAAGGUCUGGAAUUCAAUUUCUGUGGUUGCGGCUGGCCCCAGAACAUGCUUAUCCCCAAGGGUUUGCCAGAGGGUCUGCCCUGUGAUCUGUUCAUCAUGGUUUCCAACUAUGAGAAUGAUAGGAUCGAUCAACAAUUGACUGGUCGCUGCAGUGAUGCUGCCUCUUACUGUGGUGUCAAGGAUCGUCUUUACCCCGAUCGUCGCUCUAUGGGCUAUCCAUUCGAUCGUGUGCCACGCACAGGAGCUGAACGUUUGGCUAACUUCUUGACCCCCAAUAUGAGCAUUGUGGAUGUCACCAUACGCCACGAGAAUCGCACAGUGCAACGCCAGAACUAGACAAAAUGACAUUGAAGACAACAAUACUUUUCUGAUGAUGAUGAUGACAACAACCUGACCUUCACCCACAUUUAACUUGUACACUUUUUUUAGCCACCUAUAUUGCAUUUUUAUUGAACCUAUACACAAAAAUAUAAUAAUAAUAAUACUAUAUACAAAAAUAAA